AUGGACUCCAGUGUGGCUUUUGAGAUGACCAACAUCUCCAUCGCUCAGAAUGAGUUGCCACAGAUAUGGCCGUCCAACCAUUCCCAGCUUCAAAGCUACCUACUAGCCUCCUUGGUGAGCUUCUCGAUCUGGCAGUACGCAGUGACCUUUUUGGUAGCCGUACUAGUCUAUGAUCAAGUAAUGUAUAUUAUACGAAAGGGCUCUAUAGCUGGCCCUCCACUCAAGAUUCCACUCAUGGGGCCAUUUAUACAAGCCCUUCACCCGAGAUUUGAAGGGUAUCUUGCACAGUGGGCAAGUGGGCCACUCAGCUGUGUAUCCGUCUUCCACAAAUUCGUUGUUCUAGCCUCCGACAGAGACAUAGCCCACAAAGUGUUCAAGUCGCCCACAUACGCCGAGCCAUGUAUAGUACCGAUCGCAAAGGAUAUCCUAGGCCACAAAGCAUGGGUCUUCCUUCAGGGCAAACAUCACACCGAGUACCGCAGGGGGCUGACUCCCCUAUUCACCAACAAGGCCAUGGCUACUUACCUGCCUGUGCAAGAGAAGGUGUUGGCCGAUUAUUUUGCUAAGUUUGUCGCCACCAGCAAGGCGAAUCAGGGACAGCCAAAGGAAUUCAUGACCAUGUUUCGCGAGAUCAACUGUGCACUUUCAUGUCGCACAUUUUUCGGUGAUUAUAUCUCCCAGGCCGCGGUCAAAAAGAUUGCAGACGACUUCUACCUCGCUACAGCCGCCCUCGAGCUAGUCAACGUGCCUCUGUCGAUAUACAUUCCGUUCACCAAGCCCUGGCUCGGGAAGCGGACAGCCGACGCUGUUCAUGUCGAGUUUUCAAAAUGCGCGGCUGCAUGCAAAGCAAACAUGGCGACUGGGGCAACACCAACGUGCAUUGUAGACCAUUGGGUGCUCCACAUGAUGGAAUCCAAGCGAUACCACGAAAGAAUCGCGGCAGGGGAGACAGAUGUUGAGAAGCCAGCGAAUAUGAUCCGUGAGUUUACGAAUGAGGAAAUUGGAGAGACAUUGUUCACUUUCCUCUUUGCCUCUCAGGAUGCAUCGAGUAGUGCCACUACUUGGCUAUUCCAAAUUCUCGCACAGCGCCCCGACGUGCUUGACAAAUUACGCGCGGAAAACCUAGCUGCUCGCGGUGGUGAUAAAAACAAGUCAUUCGAUCUUCCUAUGCUCGAGUCGCUCACCUACACCAAUGCAGUGAUAAAGGAACUCCUACGCCACCGUCCACCCGUUAUUAUGGUCCCAUAUCUUGCGACAAAGAACUUCCCUGUGACGCCCAAUUAUACCGUCCCCAAGGGCUCCAUGAUCAUCCCAUCCUGUUAUCCAGCUUUACAUGAUCCGAAUGUUUACCCUAAUCCUGAUAACUUCGAUCCCGAGCGUUGGAUCUCCGGGGACGCCGAGUCCAAGACUAAGAAUUGGCUAGUAUUCGGUGCGGGAGCGCACGAUUGCCUCGCAAGGAAAUAUGUACCGCUGUCUAUGGCUGGUAUGAUCGGGAAAGCGGCGCUGGAACUUGACUGGAAGCAUCAUGCCACAGAUAGAUCAGAGGAGAUUCGAGUUUUUGCUACAUUGUUUCCAAUGGAUGGAUGCCCGUUGGUGUUUACCGAACGUUCAUAG